AUCAAGGUACCACUAUUUAGAGAAAGUGAUGAUAACACACCACAGUGAUUUCAGAUAGGACUAGUGUUUGAAGGUUUCGCUUCUGGAACGAACAUAGCUAGGUUUCCUGCUGGUAGCUCUGAGAGUGGCGCUACACAGAAUCUACUACAAACUGGGUCCUUGAAGGAAGACCCUGCUGUUCUUGGGCUUCUGGAGAUAGGGUGAUGGCAGAGUUGGUGUUUAUGGUAGUGACACAAAUUGCCUGGACAGUAGCCACAUGGUCACCAACUGCUAUUGGCUCCUGAAGAAAAUGCUAGAUUUUUCCAUUUCAAAUACCAAAGACCUUGUACAUGUCUCGAAAUUUUCGAAGAGAUAUUCACCCAGUAGCCACAGAUGAGAACCAGCUGCCUUCUCGAAGAACUGAUGUGAAUUUUUCAACAUACUCUUCUGUGAUCGGAAAGGAGCUAAUCUGUCAGAGUGACUCCAGAUUUGAAGUAUGGGGGGACUAAAGGGUAAUAACUUACACGUCAGAGGAAGGAACCGUUAGGUUGCCCGGCUAUCUUGGCAUUGAUUUAAGUCGAGGCUUAAAUAAUACAGUGGAUAAUACAAGACAUGCACGUUGGAUAUCAGCUAAGGAUGAAGGUGAGCUUAGUUCUUCCAGGAGUAAGUAUAUGGGAGGCCUUUUCCAUAGGGACGACUGACGAGAUUGACAUGUCAUUUCUUGUUGCUACUCGCUGGAUAGUACCUGCUGGUGUUGCAGCCAGUGAUAACAUUGCCAGCUUUUUUCAGUAUCUCUCCAAGUCUGCUUUAACUUUUUAUUGCAUGAUAACAUAGGAUUCUUGUUUCCCAAGUAUGGUCUCAAACUUUGCCGGCUUUCAAUUUGAUUUGAUGGCUUGUGAUGUAGGAGCUAUAGUGCUGCUAAGCAUAUGGGAGAAUCAGGCAAAAGAGGCGUAGGCGGAGAAGGGCAUCUGGGUCUAAUCGAUCAGCCUAACAUAUAGCCGUGCCUGGGUCCAUUAAAAUUUUGCCUGCGUAGCCCAUUUGACUUUUUGGUAGCUUUUUACUGCCAUUUACAGUCACAGAAUGUAGUUUCACUUUUACAAUUCUACAGCUGGCAAUUUUGUUAUAGGAAAUCAUUUUCGAAAGACUUUAUCUAUGCUUUAACUAAUGACCAUUAAAACACUAAAAAUGAAAAAUGAUCUUACUAAUGACCAUUAAAAAUAACACUAAGAAUGGAAAAAGUAUUUGUUACUUAUUAAUUCUUUCUAAAUUUGAUAAGAAAUGUUUUUUUUUUAUAAUUUCUUAAAAUUAGAAGAAUAAGAAAGAACUAUGGAUAAAAGAAAGAAACAUUUACAUUAUAGGUCACAUUUCAUCUUUUUAUUACACUCUAAGACACUUUUCACUCUUGAGACACUUUUUCUUAACUUAUUGUUGUCUCCUAACUAAUCUAGUUACAUUUUUUUGAAAAAUGAACUGAUAGUCUCUCUCUCUCUCUCUCUCAAAUCGUCAACCAGCUUUUAACAAUUUGAGUAGACAAUGUUGAUUAUUUCGGUGUUGGGAGUUACGGGUCAAAAAUACGGGUGGAUUUCCAACGAUGAAGCUAGUAAAUAAAUAACGAGUCAUUAGUAAGAGAUGGUGGUGGGUUAUAUGGUAGUCGUGAAAACAUAGAUUUCGAAUUCUCAGAGCCUUCGAAUAUGGACGGUGUUGGUGAAUGAAGAAAAGGGAUUCUUUUGUUGGGAGGUCUAUUAACCAUAGCGAUUUGGUUAUAAUUGGAUGAAAAUUCCGAAAUUUUGGGGAAAAAAUUGUUUUUUGCUCGUUUUCACUUGGUAAGAAUUAAUCUUACGAGAUUUGUAGGUUUUGAGUUAAAAUAUAUGGAAGAUGUUCGAAAUGAUGGUGAAUGUAUGUGGCGGCUCUGUUUUCAGUUGCAGAAACCCUAAAUGAAGAAGACGAUGUCAAAAUUACCUUUAUACCCUUCGUUAAAGAAAAUAAGAAAAAACAAAAAAAAAGACAAAAAAAAGACGCUGAAUGUACUUCGAACGCGAGACCAAGCGGUAGUUUAACCACUGCACUGCCUACUGCCUAGAUUUAUUUGAUUUCAUGUGCUGUUAAUGUUUGGUGAAAAAACUGUAAAAUAAAAUCCUAACAAGUGAAUCCCAAUAAGACGGUUUCAUAUUAAUCACACAAAUGAAUUACUCAUAUUUAUGGUAUAUGGUUUUAAUUGAUAUUCAAAAUUGAUAAAUGUAUGUUAAAAUUUAUUUGGUGUACAAGAGAAUUAUUGUACAUGUAGACAAUAAAAUUUAUUUGUACAUAUGGACAAUAUUUUUAUUGUAAAAAUAUUUUAAUUUGCAAAUAUGUACAAGUUAAAUGAUGUAUAUAUGAGUCGUUGUACAUGUGGAUAAUGUAUUUUUUGUGUACACCUGAUCUUAUACAUAUAAAUAUACACAAAACGUCAUACAUAUAGCUGAUAUUAAAAGAUGACAUUGGUUCAUUUUGUCAAAUGACAUGUAUGAAGUUAUCAUGUCUAUCACUGAAUAAGUUGUGCAUGAACACAUGUGUACACGUGGAUGUUAUUAAUAUGAUCAUAUAUGGAUAUUAUUACAACACCGACAUGUGUACACGUGGAUGUUAUUAAUAUGAUUAUAUAUGGAUAUCAUUACAACACCGUGCACAAGAAAUCGACACUUACCUUCAACUUUGUAUUUUGAUAUCUCAUCAUUGUAAAUGAGUUUAAGCUUUUAUAUUUUGUUCAUUUAAGCCAUUUUGGAUGCAUUUUUAGAUGUCAUUCUUCUGUGUCCUCUACAAAUCGUCUAUUUUGCUUAUCGUUUUCAACAUCAAACCACAAACACACAAUUCAAACCACAAAAAAAACAUGUGUUGUUACUACUCAUUGAUAUGUCAUCAUUUAAGUGUUUUUAUGCAUCUCAUUUACCUUAUUUUUAUCCUUCCAGUUUGCAUUCAGAUGUUAAUAUUUCAUUUGCAUCCAUAAUUGCAUAAAACUGGGGGAUGAAGAAUACAAAUAAAAGUUUUGAUGCAAAUUCGAAGGUUAAUCUUGCACAUUUAUAAAUUUAAGGGUCAAAAUAGAAGAUAUACAAAUACGAGGGACCUAAUGUGAAAAAUAGGAAAUUGGCCACUGGGUCUCUCGAUCCCAGAUACUGAGCCUGGACAGUCUUUGCUGAAAGCUUGCAGUUCCGGUCCCGAGCAUGACGACCACCGCGAGGAGGAUUUAAGACGAUCUGAGCAUGUAGCCACCAAGGAGAAGGUCAUGGCAGUGGUGGAAGUGAGUUAUAGAGAACGAAGGAGGAAGCUUGGUCGGAGUGAUUUCGUGUCUAACAUGGACGUGGCGGCGUUCACGGUGGUGCUGUUGCGGCGAAGGAGAAGCGAAUCAAACUGCAUUCGUGGUGGGGGGGAGAGACGAAGAGGACGAUACAAUUGUGAAGCAACAUUUUUUGAGAUUUUGAUUUUUGAAGCAACAUUUGAAAAGCCAAAGAACUCAAUCUUAAAUUUGGAUAAAUUGCGUUAGGAUGAAUCAGUCACCAUGGAUAUUCGGAGGAGAAAAGGCAGAGGGACAAAGACGAAAAGAGUAUGCUUUAUGUUUCAAUUUUUUUAAAAAUUAAAAACAAAAGAAAAGAAAAGAAACCAGUUACUUAUUAUGGUUACACUUUAGUUAGGGAUAAGAAAGUAAACAACCACUUAAAAGUACCCUAGUAGCAACAAGUGACUUAUCAUGUAAUUAAAAGUCACAAAGUGACCCUGCGUGAAAAUCACUCUAAAAGAAAUUCCAUGAUGUAAAUUUUAAGAAAUGAUGAAGAAUUUACUGUUUACAUUCAUUACUUUGGUCAUUAUAAUUUAUUUAUAAAACCCUGAUAAAAAUAGAAAAUUACGUCCGAAGGACUUAAAAACUUUUAGAUUGAAUGAACUAUCUUCCUAAUUUGAAAUGCAUCCUACAUACGUUAUUAGUAUUACUAUAGAACUCUAGAAUAGUAUGGAUUUGAAAUUCAAAUAGUGGCCUGGAACCAUGCUUAGCUCAAUAUAGGACGUGACGAGGCUGAUAUGGUCCCCUACCGGCCAGGCGGCCACCACACACGAAACUUACUUUUAGGUAAAAAGGGAAAUUAGACUGAGCCAAUACGCAUUCACUUCCCAAACAUCAGGCCAUUUUCCUGCAUUAAAGAGAAUUCAGUGUCCUUAAAAUUGCAUUAAAGAAGUCAGCUCUAAAAGCUAAAUUAAAUCAUACUGUUUUCUUUUCUUUUUAUUCUUCAACAUGAACAAAACAAAUUCUUGUUAUAAUAAAUUCUUUUUGUCAGAGGGUUUUCUUAAAUUUAUAAAUAGGAGUUUAGAGAAAAAAAAAAGAAGAAGAACCAAUUCGAACCGAGAAGAGAGGAAGGGAGACUUGAUUUAACAGAGGGAGAUGCGAGAUGAGAAACCGUUUGACAAAAAAAAAUUUUUACCAAAAACAUUCAAAAUUAAAUGGUUUGAAAGUUCCUUAAUCAAUGGAAGUGUUAAGAUAAUACCCCUGAAGUUCAUAUUUGGAAGACUCGAAGUGGCAGCUAAACUGGUGUUGGAGCAAAAAUUCUUAAACAAUGUGGUUCAACCCCCAAAGACUAACAUUCAUUUGUUUAAAUUGUUAUAUGGUACCGAUAGUAUCUUCAUGCAUCGAUAUAAAUGGAAACAUGCAAAUAGUUACAUUUUUUAAUCCAUACAACUUCCAAUGAAUGACAGCAGCAAAAUGCACAAGGAAAGUUUAGGAGAUCAUGUGAAUGUUUGAUGUUGUUUGCAACGAAACAUAGCUACAACAUUUUGGUUGUACAAAUAUUAGUAACGUCUCAAUCCACAGAAAUAUUAAUAAAUAUAGCAAAGAAUUGUAUUGUCUAUAUAUCUAAUUUGUUGUAGUGAUGUUUGAAUGUUUUCGAUUUCAUUUAAUUAGUUAAAGCAAGGUGCAUAACAGCCUAGAGACCCAAAGACAUGGCGAAUAGAAGGAAUGUUAGGCACUUUUUGUGAAAAUAAAUAUUGCUAGCGACUUUUGGUUUAUUGGUAAAUGUUUCUCCUUUUUGUUUUAAAAGUCAAAUUUCUUUAUUUUUUAAAAUAGCAACAUCUAACUUGCUCAACAUACUUUGACUUUUAGUGAUCGUCGUGCACCACCUUUCUGCAUAAUUUUCAUUUUCAAUCAUUUAAUUCGAAUUUCAUUACCUUUUUGAAUAAAAUGAUCACACUCAAGCUAGAUUCAAUAACCGAUGCAUGAACUCUGGUGAGGAAGUCUCAAUUGGAAAUGUCAAAAAAAUUGUAUUUUUGAUACUUUAACGUAUGAAUGGUUAUUGUGUUCACUUAAUUUCUUUUAACAUACACAAAAAUCAUAAAAUGUAUUGUAAUGAACUAUAUUAAAAAAUAAUGAAAUGAUUAAAAAUACAAAAUAACAAAACUCAAAUUGAAAACUAAUUAAAGAGAACUUUAUCUUGUUACAUACUACAAAAACUUUUAAAAUGACUGAUUGUAAGGAUUUCGAAAAGCUAAACAGAACUGACUUCUACAAGAUGACAAACAUUACAAAACACAAUUUAUGUCAAAAUUUUCAAAACUAAAAACAUUUUUAUAUGAGUUUUAAAAACGAGAAGUCCUCAAGUGUAUAUACGCAAAAUAAAAACAAAAAGAAAAGAGCAAGAAGGAAAUUCCAACGGUAUGUUUUUGGUGUCAGCUAUUCCAAUAGUUUAAGUUAAAGACGACAAAGAAAAGACAAAAGAAAUUUGAGAAUGUAGUAAACGUAAAAAGUUGUAAUCAUUAAAUUAUCAUUAAUAUUACGAAAUAUACAAACCAAAACAAGAAAUAAAAAAUAACAGAGAAUUUACUAUAUCUCCUUCCCUCAAAAGUCUUUAUAUUAUGACACUCCUCCUUUAAUACAUCUUGUUCAAUAGUCAUUUUCUCUAUCUCUCUCUACAUCGAUAUUCUCUAACAUGGAGAAAAGAAUGAGGCUCAGGGUUCCAAGAAUAGUCCGGUCAUCUCUAAGCUCUUGCCGACCACGAGACCUACACGACGUGGUCGACACUUCUGCUGUUGCUAGCCAAACAACGUCUUCCGACAGAUUCUUCCUUACCGAACCUAAAGCCAAGACUCGCGUGGACCGUCACAAACCUAAGCCUAACACGUUCUCUGCGUUCCCACCAAACCCUUUCUACGAAGGAAGCCGUUCGUUUAGAGACUCAAAGAAGAACAUCAAGACAAGGAGGAAGCAAAGAUCAUCUCAGUUCGCUUCUGAUUCUCUCCUCGCCUCACGUUUUAAGUCAAAUGGGUCUUGGUGCUGGUCUUGCAGCGAGGACGAAGAAGAAGAGAGUGAUGAUAGAGAUACACUCUUUUCUUCUAGAAGCUUCUCCUCGGAGUCUUCCAAGGGGGAGAGUUUUGCGGUGGUGAAGAAGUCAGAGGAUCCUUAUGAGGAUUUUAGGACGUCAAUGGUGGAGAUGAUUGUUGAGAGACAGAUAUUUGCAGCGGCUGAGCUACAAAAGCUUCUUCAGUGUUUUCUUUCUUUAAACUCUCUUCAACACCACAGUGUCAUUGUUCAAGUGUUUUUGGAAAUUUAUGCCACUUUGUUCUCUCCCUAAUCUGCGUCUCGCUCAUUUUAGAGUACUAAGUUCAACCUUAAUCUCGCUUUAAUUAGUGUUAAUUUCAGUUAAUCUUUUGUCUUAUCCUUUCUCUGUAUUAUUAUUGUUAUCAUCAACCAAAUUUGGUUAAAGCAGAA